AUGGAAGGUGCUUCACGGACGCAGGGCCAGAUCUUACCCGGGAAACCCGACUCCAAAGCACACCGAGGAUUCGACCGGAUGCCGCGCCACAGGAUCCGAGAAGAUCGGUAUGAGUACAAGGGUGCCGAUAAUAGCAAAACGCAGUCUGCAUCACAAAACGGAAAAACGAAGAGAAGGCGAAGCAGAAAACACACGAUGAACGAUGUCUUCCAUGCGGCCAAUGUUGCUCGCGAGAGAUUAACGCUUCGCGGCAAUCAAAAUGUUGGUAUUUUCAAAAAAGGCAAGGCAUCAUCUCCACUCAAGCUACACGAUGCGCAGGAUCUUGCAUUCUCAGAGACAUUGUUCCUAACAAAAAGACGACGAGAUUCUCCAACCAAUUCUCCACCCAGAGACAAGAAGCGGAAGAUGGCUCACAAACCUGUAAAGAAUGGAAAAAAUCGACAGCAGAAGCGGCCUGAGUACAUGUUUUCUGACCUUCCCAAGGAACAAGACCUUGAGGGCGACAACACAGAACAGCCUGUCUCCCGGGCUGAUGAAUCUUGUCCUCCGAAUGAAGGAAUUGAGAUUCACAGAACCUGCUCCCUGGGCAGAAGCCAGGCCGUGAAUUUUCAGAAAGGUCAAACAGAUUUGAGGAGGCCAGAUUCAUCAUUGAAAAAUCCAAUCGAAAGGGUCGCCAAUGAUUCCCAGUCCGCUACACCUUAUACCUGGUCCAUCACAAGUCGGGGGAAGUCCCAACGAGAGCAUGCUUUGGAGGCUGAGCUGUUGAAAGUCCUUCUCGUGGGCCUUUACCCAGUCGAUGGAGCUGCCCAGUGCACGAACUCAAAGCAAGAUGUGCCGCGAUACUACAAUAUUGAUGAGUUGAGAAGUCUUCUCGAAAGUCGAAAAAUGCACUGGACAUCAGAGAAUAAUUCCCCUCGCCAGAAUAUGGCCCUUUCGCCGGCCAUCUCCUUCCAUCAAGAUCGCAUAAUCAGGCCCAACAAGAUCCAUGAAAAUAUGUCAAGUGGAUAUAUUUUUGAUCCUAACUUGAAGUAUGUCCAAUCAAGCCAUACGGGAGAAAGGGAAUCGAUACAGAAGGGGAAUAUCUUAGAGAGAGAACCAACUAAACCGGCCAGUCGGCCCCAGUGCGAAAUGAUCAACUUGAUGUCACAGCCCAAUCGGCUAGAGCGACCCUGCGACAAAAUCUAUGGUAUCCAAGAGACAUUAGAACGCCGAUCAGAUGAUUUUUUUCCCAGCACUCUGGAUGCAGCAUUCCAGGCGAUUGUGGACCCCAAACCCACAGCUGAGGUAGAUGAUUUGACAACCAGUGGAAUACAUCAGGCUUCACCAAUCUUUGACUUGGAAGCCACCAUGAAAAUGGUCGAUCCCAAUGGCACAGAGAUCUCAAAUAUUCCUUCGAGGGGCGCACUGCUACAUUCCCACUCCGGGGUUGAGUCACUAUAUUCUCACUCAUUUGCUGCUCAUAGCCAUCUCGAUUCCAUGAAUUCGAUCACACACCACGGGAGUGGUCGAGGUAACGCCAUACAGCCUGAAAUCCGACCCAGCAAGUUUAUGGAUGCCUCAAAGAUGCAAAGACAGUUACUUAUACAUUCCACUAACAUUUCUUAUCCAAACGAUGACCCCAUUCCGCCUGGAUUCUGGCGGCAAAAUAAAUUACAUUAA